AUGGAUGCAAAAUCAAGGAAGUUUAGGAAACCCCCUGCAUGUACUCAAUGUAGGAAGAGGAAGAUUGGCUGUGACAGAGUCAGACCUGUUUGUAACAACUGUUUGAAAGGUCAUAGAUAUGAUUGUACCUAUCCCGAUACACACGGUCAGGUCUUUAACGCGUCCUUGAGUCUGGGUCCUUCAACAAGUAUCAAGUCUUAUACGCCCAAGAAGUCUAAUGAGUUCAAAUUUGUUGCUUCUUCUGGUAAUAUCAGUGGUGGUAUUAACUCCAUGACCCAGACCCGUCAAUUGAGACGUAAUCCUCAAUUAAACGCAGAUAUUGUAUCAAUAGAACAAAUUGGUCAAUAUAAUACACAUUUACAACUGUUAAACAAUAAAAAUAAGAUGAAAAUGAGUCUCAACGAUCUUUUCCAUUCUAACGAUGCCUUAAAUGAUCAAAUCAAGUAUAAUGAUCUAGAUUACCCAUUCUAUCUACAUAAUUUGAUUGAUUUUGACAUUAUGAUCUCAAAUUUAACUCAGGAAGAAGUACUUUUAAAAGAAAUGGAAUUUUUGAAAUUGAGAUACCUAGAAUUGAAAAAGUUGCAGUCUAAAAGAAUGAGUCAGAGUAAUAUGUCUAAUAGUAUCAAUACUAAUAAACUGGAAUCUUCUCCUACUUCUAACGUGAAGACAGAUAAUGCCAAUACAGAAGGUAAAAUAAAUGGUGCAGCUAACAAUGAAACUAACGAAACUGGUUUCGAAAGUGAGGAUGAGGAUGAUGAAGAUGAAAAUAAUUUCAUUAAUCAACUUCAUUUUUCUAUCUUAGAAUCGAGAAAGCAAGAACAAAUAGAAACCUUAUCUCUCAAAGAUAGACCAAGUGCUCUAUUUCAUAAGAAUUUUUUGAUUUUACGUGACGAUUAUUUAACUGAUUUCUACAUGCAGUUUCAAUUAUUGAUUAAUAGUACUUUCAGUACCCAAAUAAGAAAUGAUAAUGGUAGAAUUUCAUCUCCAAAUAACGGAGUUCUUUUGUUCCCAAAUUAUAGAAUCAUUCAAAGUUCCAUCCAUUAUAUCAAUGAAAAUCUUUCAAGUUUACAACCUCUCUUACCAUUUUGGCAAAAUGAAAGCGAUUUUAGUGCAGACCUAUUGAUCAAAUCGAACGAAAUCAAUGUUUUUAAAAUAUCCAUGGAACAACUCUCAAAAUUGGGUAUCUUAACCAUAUCAUUAAUUUUAGUGAAGUUAUCAAUAAAAUUCUCCAUAAGUGUAAAUAUCAAAACUCAGUACGGUAAAUUGCUGGAUUCAUUGAACAAAAUCAAUUUAUACCAAAACUUAAUUGUAAUCAAAGAUGAAUUACUCAAGAAUUUAAAGAUAUCAAAUACAAAGGAUAUAUCCAUUGUAAAAUUUCUUUCCUUCUGGAAAUUUUUCUAUCAUGUUAUCGAUACUAACUCUAUUUCUGCUGAUAAAGUGGAAUUUGAUGAAGAUAUUUACUUAAGUUACAAUAAUUUGUUACCUAAUGAAUCAGAAGACGUUGAGAAAAUUAAGCUUUGGAAUUUUAUCUUCAAAAAUUACCUUGAAAGAAAUUUAAGUGUCGGUAUCUCCCCGGAUCUAGUUCUUGACAACUAUGAAGAAGAGCCUAAAGAAAUAUUCCACAAUUUAAUAAUAAAGAAUAACGAUUUAUUGAAUAAUAUUGAUCUUCUUAAAUCUGGGUUGGAAUUGGUGAAGACGUUACACCUUAAUACGACCCAUAAUACAAUGAUUUCAAUUGGUGAAGUUAAAUCAUUAAAAAAGGCAGUUAGAAAUAAAUUUGAAGAUAAAAUAUCCAAUAAUAAAAACGAUGAAAAUACAAUUAACAAUAUUCUCAUAUCACAGAUUUAUUACAAGAUAUCGAUUUCAUCAAACUAUCUAUUGAUGCUACAAUAUGAAAAUGAUAAUAAUCUAGUGCAAUUUCAAAAAUCAAUGGUUGAAUUUAUCAAAUUGUUAGAAACCGUGUUAAUCAAUCAAUUUAUAAAUCUAAACAAUUCAUUUGGUAAACUCAAUAAUUAUGAAUUUUUGUUUAUGAAAAGAUCCAUGGAUUUAAUUGAACUUAUAGUGACAAUUCUUUUUGCUUUACUAUUACGUAUCAAAGCAUUGGGAAUGCUUGACAGUUCCGAUACGAAUAAUACUGAUAAUGAAGCUUUUAUCAGAUUUGGAAAACUAAUGUUGGCCAUUUUUAAUAAAGUUGAAACUAUGAUUGUUGAUUACAAUAAAGUAACAUCCAAUGAAGUGAUCAAUAAGCUACUUAUAACAAUCAGGACAAUGCAAAUUUUUAUUCAAAAAAAGCACAAUAACAAUAAUAGUAGUGUAAUAACAAAGAAUGGUUUCAGAAAUGUGGAACCUGAAAGGAUAGAAAAAUAUAUCAGUACUUUGAAGAAUUUCUCCAAAUUAUUAAUCAAUGAUGAAAUAUACGAAACGAAAAAGCCAGGCUUGGAUGAAUUCAACGGUACUACAAUUGACAACGAAUUUGGUAUCAGUGAACAAAAUUUCAAACAAGUUUACAGCUCAUUCUUUUAA